AGAGGGGCCAUGGCAUGAAGCAGUGGCCCCCAAUGUUUUGGCAGGUCAGGUGUUGAACGAACGAGGCCUCCUCUGUUCCAAUUCUCUCUAUCUCUCUCUCUCUCAUACGCGCAUUGAUCGAGUACCGAAGUAAUAAAUUUCCUCGAGAAAAAGUGAAAAAGGAGGAAAGGGAAGACCAGAGAGGGAGGCAAACAGGUGACCCAGCUCAAUCAUCUUCUUCCUCGACCGCUCAGAAUUCCAACCAAAUUCUCCGACACUACAUGCUACCUCACUUGACUUCCCCGCAACCUCUCCCCUUCACCCCUCCCCUGAAUUCUUGACUCAGAUCUGCCGGAUUAGACCCCCCAACCAUCUGCCAAAUAUAAAUUCUCGAAACCGAGGGUUCUUGUUUCUGCCGAGACAUGCAUUGUCUUCUCCACUCUGUUUAUGCACGUUCCCGCAUGAGCCACUGGUCCCUCUAAGCUUCCAUUCAAGUUUCAUCGUACUUUUGGGGAACCCAUCAGAGAAAAGACCGAUCUUGGCGGGUCAUAUAGUAGGUUACUUCCGCAUUUGCUUCAUCAAGAUCAGGUCUUUGGGGUUUGGCAUACACGUGUAAAUCCAAAACGGUAUAUAAGGAUUCUUGCCGUCGUCUGAAUUUUGCUCGAUUGCCAUCAUCUCGUGGGCUGUUUCCCUGGCAAUGGUGGCGGGAAACGGGCUGCUGUACCCAAUUCUGGGGUUUGCUUCGUGCGUGGCGUUCCUCUACAUGUCCUUUGGUGACCUGAGGGUGGAGCUGGAAAUCCCUAAACCCCUGAGAAGGGUGGACUUUGUUCGGAGGAAUGGGACUCAUUUCGUGGUGGACGGUGGAGUUCUCUACGUGAACGGGUGGAAUUCUUACUGGUUGAUGGACCAGGCGGUAGACGAGUAUUCUAGGCCUAGGGUUCGGGCAAUGCUUCAGGCUGGGGCGAAGAUGGGCCUCACCGUGUGCCGGACCUGGGCAUUCAACGACGGCGGCUACAAUGCCCUGCAGGUUUCACCGGGUCAGUUCGAUGAACGAGUUUUCCAGGCCCUGGAUCAUGUGAUUGCAGAAGCUAGAGAACAUGGAAUUAGAUUGCUUCUGAGCUUGGUCAAUAACUUGCAAGCCUUUGGUGGGAAGACUCAAUAUGUCAAGUGGGCAUGGGAGGAAGGAAUUGGCUUAAGCUCUUCAAAUGAUUCCUUCUUCUUUGAUCCUUCCAUCCGCAAAUAUUUUAAGAGUUUUGUUAAGGCGGUAUUGACGAGGAAGAAUACAAUCACUGGGAUCGAAUACAGGGAUGAUCCAGCCAUCUUUGCAUGGGAGUUGAUAAAUGAACCUCGUUGCAUGACAGAUCCAUCAGGUGACACUCUCCAAGAUUGGAUAGAAGAAAUGUCAGCCUAUGUUAAAUCGAUUGACAAGAACCAUCUACUGACCGUGGGGCUCGAAGGCUUCUAUGGUCCAAAAAAUCCAAAGAGUUUAACUGUGAACCCAGGGGAUUGGGCCGCGCUUCUUGGGUCAGAUUUUGUUCGUAACUCCAACCUGGAGACAAUCGACUUUGCUUCUGCUCACAUCUACCCCGAUCACUGGUUUCAUGAGCAAGAAUUCGAGGACAAACUGAAAUACGUCUCAAAGUGGGGUCGCUCCCAUAUCGAGGACGGGGACAAGCAACUGAAGAAGCCCGUGAUGUUCACUGAGUUUGGGUACUCAAAUCUGAACCCAAACUUCCGGUCAUCGCAGAGAAACAGGUUCUUCAAGACCAUCUUCGAUGACAUUUACGCAUCUGCCCAGAAACAUGGGGCUGGGGCGGGCUCUUUUGUGUGGCAGUUCCUCGUUGGGGGGAUGGAAGAGUACAACGACGAUUUUGGGAUCAUGCCGUGGGAGAGGCCCUCGACUUAUCAGCUUAUAACAGAACACUCUUGCAGAUUGGCUGCAAUUCGGGGGACGAGUCAACAACUAAAGGGAAGUUUGAGAGAACUGUGUUUCAGGAGGAGACUAAAGCUCUAAAAUUCUUUCAGCACUAUUCUUUUGGCCUAGGGGAUAUAUGAGCUUUCCUGCUGUGUUUUUGGGGUAGUUUGAUAGAUGAAAGUCAAAGAUCGAUACAUACGGGUGGUAUACAGGCAACCCUCAUAAGAUUGUAAUAAGGGUGUUGAUGUCAUUAGUGCGUGUGCGUGUGUGCGUGUAAAAGAUGUUCGUUAAUCGAUCCCGAACUGUUGAAGCAGCAAUGUCACUUCGACAGUGACAUUGCAAAUUUUCCGA